GCCCCUCCUUAUCUUGCGUUUCCUUUUCCUCCUCUUCUCCCCCCUCCCGCCCUUCUCUGACUGCUCGCGAGUUGCUGUUGUUGUCAGUGCGGCUCUUGGCCAGCCGGGAGAGAGCGGGAGCGAGGCAGAGACGGGAAGCGCGAGCGCAAUCCGUUGGGCGCGCGAGCUGCCGGAGCCGAAGGAGAGCGGCGCGAGCCCUAGAACGUCUGAGCCGUCAGCCGAGGGUUUUGUUAGCCGCCGCCGCCGCCGCCGCAUCCCUGCCGCCGAGGAGGCCCCUCUGCGUCUCUUUUCCCGCUCCGUAGCAGGCAGAGGACGGGCGCCGAAGGGAGAAGCCGUCGCCUCUUUCCAUGCGGAGAGCGGGGAGAGAAAAGCUGAGGGCCGCGGCUGCCGACACUGGGAGAAAUAGGAGGGAAAGAAUGCAAAGCUGUCCUCAGAAUUGGAUAUGGAAGUAUCAGUAGGUGAAUCUUCAGAACACAGGAAUGAAAAUUGAAACUUCAUGAGGAAAUCAUAGAUAAGAUGAUACCUCUGGAAAAGGCACUGCCAAGAUGCGUUUGGCAGUGAAAAUGAGUGGAGCAUCUCCUACCCUUAUAUAAGAAGAGACAAGUUUCCGAAAGCAUCAGUAUUCAUACUUGGAGCAGUAUGGCAGGUUUCAAACGAGGUUAUGAUGGAAAAAUUGCUGGAUUGUACGAUUUGGAUAAAACCUUAGGCAGAGGGCAUUUUGCUGUGGUCAAACUUGCCAGACAUGUGUUUACAGGUGAAAAGGUAGCAGUGAAAGUAAUUGACAAGACCAAGCUAGAUACUCUAGCUACAGGACAUCUUUUCCAAGAAGUUAGAUGCAUGAAAUUAGUGCAGCAUCCCAAUAUUGUUCGCCUGUAUGAAGUUAUUGACACCCAGACCAAACUUUACCUGAUUUUAGAACUUGGUGAUGGAGGAGAUAUGUUUGAUUACAUUAUGAAACAUGAAGAAGGUCUUAAUGAAGACCUGGCAAAGAAAUAUUUUGCUCAGAUUGUUCAUGCUAUAUCCUACUGCCAUAAACUUCAUGUGGUUCACAGAGAUUUAAAACCGGAGAAUGUUGUUUUCUUUGAAAAACAAGGACUUGUGAAAUUGACUGAUUUUGGCUUCAGCAACAAAUUUCAGCCUGGGAAGAAACUAACAACAAGUUGUGGAUCCCUUGCAUAUUCUGCUCCUGAAAUUCUACUUGGGGAUGAAUAUGAUGCACCUGCAGUAGAUAUAUGGAGCCUGGGUGUUAUCCUUUACAUGUUGGUAUGUGGACAACCGCCAUUCCAAGAAGCAAAUGAUAGUGAAACUUUGACAAUGAUAAUGGACUGUAAAUACACAGUGCCAUCUCGUGUGUCCAAGGAAUGUAAAGAUUUAAUUACACGAAUGUUGCAGAGAGACCCAAAACGAAGGGCAUCUUUGGAAGAAAUUGAAAACCAUCCCUGGUUACAAGGAGUCGAUCCAUCACCUGCAACAAAGUACAACAUUCCUCUGGUGUCAUAUAAAAAUCUUUCUGAAGAAGAACACAAUAGCAUAAUUCAGCGGAUGGUUCUGGGAGACAUUGCGGACAGAGAUACCAUAGUGGAGGCUCUGGAAACUAACAAAUACAAUCACAUCACUGCAACCUACUUCCUACUAGCAGAACGGAUUUUAAGAGAGAAACAAGAGAAAGAAAUUCAAACCAGAUCAGCAAGUCCAAGCAAUAUCAAAGCACAGUUUAGGCAAUCAUGGCCAACCAAAAUUGAUGUUCCUCAAGAUUUAGAAGAUGAUCUUACAGCUUCUCCUCUGUCCCAUGGAGCUGUUCCUCAGUCUCCUGCUCGCACUGCUGAGACUGUUCUGAAUGGUCACAGGAGUAAGGCACUUAAUGAUUCAGGAAAGAAAGAGGAUAUUCCUGAAUUAGCUGGAUCAACACUUUCUGUUGUUCCUUCAGUGAGCUUAAAGCCUACAACUAGUGGUCGGAAGUGCUUGUUUAGGGUAGAAGAAGAUGAGGAGGAAGAAGAAGAAGAUAAAAAAACUGUUUCCCUUUCAACUCAAGUUGUUCUGCGACGGAAGCCUUCAGUUACAAAUCGUCUUACUUCCCGAAAGAGUGCUCCAGUCCUCAAUCAGAUCUUUGAAGAAGGAGAAUCAGAUGAUGAGUUUGAUAUGGAUGAGAACUUACCCCCUAAACUUAGCAGGCUAAAAAUGAAUAUUGCUUCACCUAGCACUGUGCAUAAACGUUACCACAGAAGGAAAAGCCAGGGUCGUGGGUCUAGCUGCAGCAGUUCAGAAACAAGUGAUGAUGAUUCAGAAAGUAGGCGACGUCUAGAUAAAGACAGUGGCUUUACUUAUUCCUGGCACAGGCGGGACAGUAGUGAAGGACCACCUGGGAACCAAGGAGAUGGCAGUGGACAAGGAAAACCAAGCAAUGGAAAUGGAGGGUUGGACAAAACAAGCCCUGGUGAUAACAGUAAAGGAGGUGGAAGUCCUUCUGGUAGCUCUAGUGGAAGCACGAAUAAUAAUUCUGGUUCUACUCGUAGGUGUGCUGGAUCUGGUAAUUCAAUGCAGUUGUCUUCAAGAAGUGCAGGUGACCUGGUUGAAAGUCUCAAAUUGAUGAGCCUUUGUCUAGGUUCUCAGCUUCACAGUAGCACUAAAUACAUUAUUGAUCCCCAAAACACCAUCUCCUUUUCCAGUGUUAAGGUGCAAGAGAAAUCAACAUGGAAAAUGUGUAUAAGUUCUACUGGAGGUGUAAAUCCAGUUUCAUCUUUGGGCAGCAUAAAAUUCUUCUCUGACCAAAUGUCAAACACCACAAAUGAAUUGGAACGAAUCAAGAGCAAAAACUUGAAAAAUAACGUGCUACAACUACCUCUGUGUGAAAAAACAAUAUCUGUGAAUAUUCAGCGAAACCCGAAGGAGGGACUUCUGUGUACUUCGGGUCAAACUACUUGUUGUCAUGUUGUUUGACAAUACCCAGAUUUAACUCAUUCUACUUGAUAUCACCAAUCUUCCUGUUCAGAGCUGUGAAUACUUUGUUUCACUGAACCCCUUCAAUGUUGUUGUCUUAAUAUUUUAAAAUGGGCUUUGAGCAGUAAUUUAUUAUGUUUUAAUUUAGUUUUGCUUGAUAUGACAAUGCAUGAUUUUGUGCAUGCUGCUAGCAAAUACUCUUUUUGUUCCCAACAAACCAGGAUGUGUGUAAUUUUUUUACAUUUAUGAUUUUACUAUAGAAAAUCUGGAUUACAGUAAGAUUUGUGUCUAAAUCCAGUGUAAAUGAAGCACUUAAUAGUUUUACAUUCUGCACUUAAAUGAGAGAGGGGGGAGAGCUUUUGUUUCUUUGUGAAAUGUACAGUUUUGUUCUGAUCUUACCCAACUUUACCUGACUGUGUGAGAUGUGGCAUAAUUCUGUGUGUUUGCAACAGAACCAAAGCAAUAAUGUUUUGAUGCUGAAAACUCUUCUGGGAGGUUUCAGAUUUCCAAGGCUUGUACAAAGCAAAAAUGCACUGAAAAUUAAGAAAUCUUGAACUAUUGAUUUUUAAUCCCACAUCUUUGUCUUAAACUAAUAUGCAUAAGGUGGUGGCUGAUCUGAAGAUCUUGCUUUGAUACAGGCAAGAUUAAACAUUUCUAAGGCAGCUUUUUUCCCCAUAUAAAUAUUGUUACAUGCAGACAAUCUUUUUAAAACUAUAAAAGGCAAAUUAAUUUGCUUGGAGUCUUUUUUCCAAUCUAAGGGAAAAUACAUUCUUUAUUGAUGUAUAUUGUGGCAUUUGUUAGGUAAACUGCAAGAUAUUUUAGUGGACCAAUUCGUGUGACUAUUAAGAUCUUUUCCAGCAAGUCACUUCAAGUUCGUAAACCAAUCAUAACUACAUCAUAAAAGGAUUUAUGAAGUUUGCAUUUUCUCAAUCUGUGCUCCAUCCUGCCCUUGUAGCAUUCACAGCCUAGUUUCAAUAUUAUUAGAAAUUUCAAGUACUGAUUAUUUUAAAGAUGAAAACGUUUAUCUCUUGUUUCCCACUACUUCCAGCUAAACAAAUGAAUGGGGGGCUCAAGAUAGCUAUUAUUCUGGUGUAGUGUGAUAUUGAAAGGGCUUUAAAAACACACCUGCAUUUAGUCAUUUGUGAGACAUGUUAAGUGAAGUUGUGGAGAGCAGAAACCAUUGGUGGAACUGGGUCUGUUCGGAUUAGUGAAGAGCUGGGACUGGAGUGCAUUUCUAUUAUGUGAUGUAAGUACACUCCGUAGAUCUCAGGAUACAGCACAGAAUAAAUUAACAAAAAAAUCAAUAAAUUCUUCUGAUACCAAAUUUAGUUUGGAGUACAAUUUUUUUAAUCCCCUUCAAUAACUCUCUCUAAAUCAUGUCAGAUAAGACAAGUUGGCAUGGAUUGAUUUCCUUUUACUGCUAUUAGCUGUUAUGUGUUUUUAACCCUUGCUAUGGAAAUGACAGCAAAUGAAAGUGUUGGAAGUUCUUUUGUACAAAGAAAUACUUUUGACCAGAUGAACUAAAUUUUGUGAACUUUUAUCUAGAGUAACAUAAAUUGCAGAUUCCCAACUUGGGAAUGGCAAAAACAUGUGUUCAUGCUCUGUGCACUGGGUCUUGAGAGCAGUGCUGGUAAGAGUUGAUGGUAUUAUGUAUCAACACAGACAGGCACAGAUUGUCUGAGACAGUUUACAUAGCUCAGUAUCUUAAUCCUAGCAAAAUGGUCAAGUACAGUGCAUUUCAUUAACAUUGUAGACUGUAGAGCACCAAAGACUGUUAUCUUUGUGGUUUGUUCUUCACACUGGCUUUUUUAAAAAGUAUUGUAAAGGUUGUUUAAUAAGUAAUCUAAAACAUUUACUGGGAAGCAAGUUCCAUCAAAUUCAGGAUGGCUUACUUCCAGGUAAAUGUGAUUAGAAUUAGAUCACAGUGUAUUUUAAUAUCUAGCCUAUUAAGAUUUUCUUCCUUUCCAUUUCCCAAGUGUAAUAAGGUAUCAGUGUAAUAUUCUGGUUUUAUAAUUUAAGCUAUUGUUGCAAUCUGGUUUGAAAACAACCUGUCAUGCUAUACCUAUAUACAAGCUAUGAGAACAGAUGUGUGAGUGAAGCCAUAGAACGUAUUUGCUUGAAAUUUUCUUGAGCAGGGAUUUUACAAAGGCCAGAAACAUGGACAGUUCACAGGUGUCAGUGAACAGAGCAUCUAUAGUAAGAUAAAGUUUAUAAAGGGCAUUGGCAAUAAACUGUGUUGCAGCUUUUUAUUUUCAAGUAUUGUAAAUAUUCUUUCCGCACAUUAUGUACAGCCUUGGAACACCUUUUAACUAACCCUGGGUGUUUUUUCAUUUCAUCUGUUUUUGUAUACAAACAUGUAUAUGUAUAUAUGUAUGUAUAUAUAUAUAUGGUGCUCACUUUAGAACAGCAGUGUUGACCAUUUAUGCUGCAUAGCUGUAAAAUAGCCUUAUUUAGUUAUGUAUGUUUGGGUGAACUUUGGGGUGUACAGAUGUUAGCUUGAGUGUUGUGGUUUUAUCCAUUUGUUCACAGGUGAAUGAUUGUGCAUGUGUUGUAUGUUACGUUGUCAUGUUAAAAGGAGGGAGAGAAUAACCACUACUUUGAAAUAUAUUGGACCAAACUAUAAUAGAAUAAGUAACAGUUUCUUGUACCCCUAAAUUUGUCUUUACAAGUUGCUUAUAGUUACCGUAGCAUAUAAAUUUAAUAUUGUGGAAAGCAACUAGUCUUGUAUUUUUCUGUAUGUGUAUAUAAUGUACCUCUAGCAACUUAUCUGUAUUUAAGACAUGACAAUCUUGACACAGAAUCUUACAAGUAGCAACGAAACUAAGCGGAACAGAAUAGAGAAAAGCUACGUGUGUUAGGGAGGGUACAGAAAUAUCAGUUGACCUUUGUCAGUUUGCUUCCAGAGAUGUUUGGCUUUCUUCACUGUAUAAACAUUCAUGGUGUGUGACAAGGGAGGGGGGAGAAAUCCAAUUAAUAAAAAUGACCUCUUGAUUGGUGCA